AUGACACUAAGCUUCUUCGACCAAUUUAUGAGCCCCACAUACCUAGGUAUUCCACUUAUCGCUGUAGCAUUAACCCUCCCAUGAAUUCUUUUCCCUACCCCCUCUGCCCGAUGACUAAACAACCGCCUAAUUACCCUACAAGGCUGAUUCAUCAACCGAUUUACCCAACAACUUCUUUUACCACUAAAUUUAGGCGGUCACAAAUGAGCAGCUCUAUUAACCUCCCUGAUACUGUUUCUUAUUACCCUAAAUAUACUGGGCCUACUUCCAUAUACAUUUACCCCUACUACACAACUCUCCCUAAACAUGGGUCUCGCAGUCCCAUUAUGACUUGCUACGGUGAUUAUCGGCAUACGAAAUCAACCAACCGCCGCUCUAGGCCACCUCUUGCCUGAAGGAACCCCCGUCCCCCUAAUCCCUGUACUAAUUAUUAUCGAAACAAUUAGCCUUUUUAUCCGCCCCCUCGCCCUUGGCGUACGACUUACAGCCAAUCUCACGGCGGGCCACCUUCUUAUCCAACUAAUUGCUACAGCAGCCUUUGUUCUCUUGCCUAUAAUACCCACAGUAGCAAUCCUAACUUCUAUUGUUCUAUUUCUACUUACUCUUCUUGAAAUUGCUGUAGCCAUGAUUCACGCCUACGUUUUUGUUCUACUCCUAAGCCUCUAUUUACAAGAAAACGUUUAA